AUGGCAGCGGCGGACAAUAUAAGCUCCAGUACCCCUAGUGGCAAGCGAAUCAAGGAGGCAGAGGGCCCACUAGAAAGCGGGUCUGUUUCCCGCAAGCGGGCGAGGCUCGCCCCGGACGUCCCUCAGAAGCCUCCCCUCCGACGCAGAAGCCCAGAGUUCUACUACGACGACGGGAAUAUCAUCGUCAUCGUCGAGGACACAGAGUUCCGCCUGCAUCUGUCCAGGCUGAGAAGACAUUGCACCUACUUCUCGCGUCUCUUCGAGCUCGCCGCGGUCGGGCAGGAGAACCAGAACGAUGUCACCCUCGUCGAUUCCAACCCAGGCGCAAGGGAAGAUGACGGACGAGAAGUUAUAAUCCUUCCUGGAGAAAUGAACCAUGUCCUCGGAGGGAUCAGCAUCGCGGAUUUCACAGAGUUUCUACGAGCAUACGAGAACCCACUAAUGCAUGUGACCGUACCCCCGAAGCAGAGCAUAUGCAUCUCGCUGGUGCGCGUGGCAGAUAAACUGGGAUGCAAGACGGUCUCGGACGUAGCAAGGAGUCGCCUCCGCAAGCUGUGGCCCCUGCUCGUUCCCCAACGCACCAUCGACUGGAAGAAGAAGACGCUGGGCGAAACCACCGCGAUCAUCGCCCUCGCACGCGAGUUCAACCUCCCCGAGGUCCUCAGACGCGCAUUCUACGAACUCGUCCGCAACCCCGCCUUCUGGGAGACGAUCACGACCAACCGGGACAGCGUGAAGCUCGCAGACGCAGACUUGAUUGCCUUGUACCACGCCCGCCACACGCUGCAGCAGGAGUGGCGAACGCUACUCCUCACCCAACCGUUGCCCGAAGCCUCCUGUCUCAACUCGCAGCGCGGCAAAGACAGAUGCGCAUACACCAAUGUCGCUUCUCGCAUCUCGGCCUGGCGGCGGCUCGUCGUCGAAACGGGGCAUUUGGAGACCGGGGCCGUGGACCCGAUAUACCACAUCGAUGUCAUACUCGCAGCGGUGGAGUUCAGGGAUCUGGCUGGGACGUGGUGUACGCUAUGCAUCACGGAAAGAAACUGUGUGUGGGCGGCUGCAAAGUCGCAAUGGUGGGGCAUGCUCGACGAGCUGUUCAAGAUCCCGGCGGCGGCAGGCGUUGCAAGCACUGCGAAUAAAUGGUACGUCCCCGGCCAUCUUUGCGUCGAUGCGGUGUUUAUGAACUUCUGCGCAGACCCUGUUCGUUACGGGACGUUACACAAACAUAUCAAAGCCUACGUGAAGCUCUGUCCGUAUCGCAGUUGA